GAUAUCGACAAAUCAUUAAUUAAUCACCACAAUAAAGUUCAACUAAAUGAAAAUAUAGAUGAAAGAUUAAGUCUUUCGAUAGAACACUUUCAUGAUUUUACAAAUAAUGAUAAUCAAAAAAAUAUCUUAGUUAAAUCAUUUAAUUACUAUUUGGAGAAAGACCAAAUAAAUACUAAAAACUUGGAUAUAGAUAAAUUGCUGAAUAAAAAUGAAAAUGAUCUUAACGCUCAUCAAGAAGAAAUUAGAAUGCAAGCAUUUAACCUUGGAUUAUUCUAUAUACAGCAAAGGGAUAUAAUUGGUGAUGAAACUUUUAGAAAAGCUAUUAAGAAGAGAGAGGAUUGGCAUAAAUUUUAA